AUGCAAAAUCACAAAUGCCAGACAAAACAUACUCGAGUUUCCGUGCUCAACGAAGAAAACAGAGAGUGGCGAUAUUCCAAACUUCCAAAACGAAAGUUCACUUCGAGUUGCUUAACUCCUGCUCAGAGAAGAGCAGUUAUAAACCUCAGAAUGUCCCAGGGCCUCCUUGGAAAGAAGAGAAUUCUGACGGCGUUAAACUAUUCAGAGAACAAAAAUCCGGAAUGCACGACCAGCGUUUCGGUAAUCCCGCAUCAGCAACAACAUCCCCUAAUCCAGCAACAAGGUCCGAGAGAGACGCAUUUUCUCAUCACUCAGCAGCAAAAUGCCAUAAACAAAAUGACAGAAAAAGAGAGUAAAGAUGAGGAAGAUGGCUUAUUGGAACUAAACACAGACUCGGAAGAAGCCGCUAGGCUGGAAAACUGCAUCAUUUAUGCGAUUUUCGUGAUUUUUCUAAGCUAG